AAGAUACCUCACAUUAAUUUGAUCAUUUCAAUGGAAGAGAAGGAUUUUACGACUCCUGAAGGCGAGAAGACAAUCGACCUUACAGGAAGGGUGGGACGAGAAAUUGGUGCAUUGUUGAGAAGGUUAGGGAUACCAUAUCAUAGAAAGGAUUCAAGAUUAAGAAUCAAUGGUGUUUCUUUGAAGAACUGGUUUCAACCAAAGGUCGAUUCACCUUUCUCUGGUGGGAAACCAGGGCAUUUAAGAUCAUCACAAGUACCACUAGGAAACCAAAUCAGUCGUCAGCAACGCAGCAUUCGGCUAGGGAACCUGUCACUUGAGUGAGAACUGAGAAGGCGUCUCUCAUUUUGAUCCUUGACCUCCGAGAGUUU